AGCAUCCUUCGGUGAAAAACUCUGCAGUUCAUCAACCUCAAAGCCAUAUUUCAGUUACAGAAGACCAAAAUGGCGAUUCCCUAUCUCUUGAGAUGGAAGGUUCGUCUGUAUCUGAUGAAUCACCAAACCAGAGAACCUUAACUUCUCCAAAGAAGUUAUCUAAUAGUGAAUCUUUUCCAAGCAACAUUUUACCAUCUCAGCCAUUGCCCAACACAAGCUCAUCACAAGAACUUUCAUCUGAACCCGUUCAGUUCCCAGCUCCUAAAGAGCUGUCUCCUCUUAAUUAUUCUGCACCAGCUACUCCACAACAAUCUUUGCAGUUGCCCCCUCCCCCUCCCCUUCCACAUACACAAAGUGCAAAUGCUCCUCAUAUGGCUCAGUUUCCUAUGGGUCACGGCUCAAUGCCACAGAUUGCAUCUUAUCCACUUCAGCCUGCUCAUGUGGGAAAUCCUCAACCCUACCAGGCUUCUGUAGCCAGUCAACAUCCACAGUUUUCAGUACCACCAAAUUCCUCUUGGACCUCCUUGCCACCUCCGCCACCGCCACCGCCUCAAUUAUCCUAUGAUUUGCGUUUCAAUACAGAAACUGCACCGGCUGGUGUAUCUUCACAGUUUCCGCAGAGUCACUUUCCUCCAAGGAAUGAUUUCGGUUUUCAGACUUCUGUUAGGCCUCAUCCUACUGAAUUGUAUUCCAAUUCUCUGCACCAAGCCUACCCUUCAAUACAUCAACCAAACUUGCAAAUUGAAAAUUCUAGAUCAGGCAACACUACAAGUCAAUUUGGAGCUCCUAGUCUUUUGAGAGAUGAUCACUUUACACAUCCUCCUAUCCAGGAUUUGAAUACGUCGAGUUCUUUAGGACAUCGCAGCUUGCUCCAGCAACCUGUGCCUUCUUCUCAGGAGUUAUCUGCGAACAGCAUGCUACCAUUAUCUGGUGGUGUUUCAAAGUCAUCUUCCGAAAUUCAUCCUUUUUCGCACAAGCAAUUGGAUUCUGGCCAUCUGCAGUACCCUCUAGGUGAUAGCAGCCCGAGUAUUCCUGGAAAACCCGGUUCAAUGCCUCAGUACCCACCAGAUCUUCUGGACAGGAAUCAGUUAUCUAGUGAUGCUGAUUUUGGGGUACCAAGAAUUUCUGCACAUUAUAAUCCUUAUGCAUCAACAUUUGAGAAGCCACUUAGCUCCAAAUUCAGCUCUACUGCUUUCAGUCAGGAUAAGGGUCCACUGUCUGCUAAUCAAUAUGAUACUUCUGGUUUAAGUCAUGUUGCCGUUGACGGGCUAGGUGUUGGCAGCUUCGGAUCUAGACAGGCAACUUCCUCGCCGAGUUCUGAUAAAGCUGUAGGGAAGAUCUUGCCUAGGGCUGGUGGCGACCAGUAUGAUCCACUUUUUGACAGCAUUGAUCCAUCAUCCAAUGCCAGAAGCAAAGAUCAUCAUGGUCGAAAAUUAGAACCUUUUAGCAAAUCUGAUUCAGUGGCAAGGCAUGGUGGUUCUUAUAAGCCAUUGGAUUUGGAAGAGAACAGACAUGAGGUCGCCGCUGUUGCUUCAACUACAUCUAUGGAUAAUGAUGAAUUCGGUGAGACAGCUGAUGCGGAAGUGGGUUCAGUUCAGAAUGAGAGCCCAAGUAAGCCUGUUGGUGUAGCAACUGCAGGAGAGAGAGGGACUGAGACGAAGUCCCCCGGGAAGAAAAAGAAGAAGGAUUCCCGAUCAACAAAGCCUUUUAAGAUUGCUAUUGCAGAUUUUGUGAAGGAUGUUUUGAAGCCAUCAUGGCGUCAGGGUAAUAUGAGCAAGGAGGCCUUCAAGACCAUAGUCAAGAAGACCGUUGAUAAGGUAUCUGGGGCCAUGAAGGGCCACCAGAUGCCCAAGUCUCAGGCAAAGAUUAACCAAUAUAUUGACUCACAGCAGCGGAAAUUGACAAAACUUGUCAUGGGUUAUGUCGAUAAGUACGUCAAAGUCUAAGAACGGCGUACAUGGCGACCCCAGCAUGCAAUGUUUUGAGAAGUAGGGUGAAUCUGCAGACUGCAGUGGCUCUCCAAUUAAAAAUCAGUAGUCCAAAAUAAUCUUACAUGAACAAAAAAAAAAAAAAAAGAUUAUCUCCCUAGAUUAGUCCUAAAAAUAAAUGAAAAAAGAAAAAAAAAAAAACAACUUUCUUCUUCAAGACAAAUGAUACCACAUUGUCCAAGCACCACCUCUGGUGUUGCCGCCGACCACCGCGCGUCACCUCCCUUGACGACACCGCCACAUCCAUCUUGGGGGCGUGGGGAUCUGGGUGGAGCAAAGCUAGGCUCACUAGAGUUGGGAGUCACGGUGGACGAGUGGGAUGGCGUGUAACGCCCUUCAGAAUUAA